UGAUCCCUCUUCAUUCGCAGCCUCAGUCAGACUCUCUGUCCUGUCCCUGCGUGUUCUCCGUGUGUCUGUUUUCAGGUAGAAAAAUGUUUAAAUCUUGUUUUACUGGGCUGAGAAAUGUUUCCGGUCGACGACAGGUGCUCUCUGCAGCCACUGCGAGACUACAUCAGUCCCAGCAUCUCAGGCAGCCCGUCCCCCGUCCAGAGCCCUCCAGUGCCAAGAACCUGACAGACAUCGGGACACGUCGGAUCUUCAGCGAGGACCAUGAUAUCUUCAGAGAAAGCGUCAGGCGCUUCUAUCAAGACGAAGUCAUCCCACACCACAAGGAGUGGGAGAAGGCUGGUCAGGUGAGCAGGGAGGUUUGGGAGAAGGCCGGUGAACAAGGCAUGCUGAAUGUGUUGGUACCAGAGGAGAACGGUGGCGUCGGAGGAGAUGUGUAUUCUGCAGCUGUCACGUGGGAGGAGCAAAUGUAUUCCAACUGCACGGGUCCGGGUUUUGCCUUACACUCUGACAUCGCCGUGCCUUAUAUCAGCAACUAUGGAAGCAAGGAGCAGAUCGAACGCUUCAUCCCCGAGGCGACUGCUGGGAGAUGCAUCUGCGCUAUUGCCAUGACAGAGCCGGGAGCAGGCAGUGAUCUUCAAGGUGUGAGGACGAACGCCAAGAAGGACGGCAGCGACUGGAUCCUCAAUGGCAACAAGGUGUUCAUCACAAACGGUUGGAUGGCCGAUCUGGUGUUGGUAGUAGCCGUGACAAACCGUGAGGCAAAGUCCCCGGCACAUGGCAUCAGUAUUUUCCUGGUGGAGAACGGCAUGAAGGGCUUCCAGAAAGGACGCAAGCUGGAGAAGAUCGGACUGAAGGCUCAGGACACAGCUGAACUGUUUUUCGAGGAUGUGCGGCUCCCAGCUAGCGCCCUCUUGGGGGAACCCAACAAGGGAUUCUACUACCUGAUGAAUGAACUGCCUCAGGAGCGGCUGGUGAUUGCGGGGAUGGCCGUAGCGAGCUGUGAGUUCAUGUUUGAGGAAACCAGGAGUUACGUGCUGCAGAGGAAGGCUUUCGGCAAGACGAUCGCUCACCUACAGACAGUUCAGCACAAGCUUGCAGAGCUUAAGACUGAGAUCUGUGUUGCCCGAGCCUUUGUAGAUAACUGCCUUCAGCUGCACACCGAGAAACGCCUGGACGCCACCUCGGCUUCUAUGGCCAAGUACUGGGCAUCUGACCUCCAGAACAGAGUGGCUACUCAGUGCCUGCAGCUCCAUGGAGGCUGGGGCUACAUGUGGGAAUACCCCAUCGCUAAAGCGUUUGUGGACUCCCGUGUUCAGCCCAUCUACGGAGGCACCAAUGAGAUCAUGAAAGAGCUCAUCGCUCGCAACAUCGUCAGCCAGAAGUGAGAAACAUGGACGUUUUCACGGUGGAGGAGCACUGCAUGGGCUGGUUUACACAUUCUAAAAAAAUACAUUAAUGUACAGUCAUGGAAAGUCGGGUACGGCAUUAGAAUUAAGUUUAAAGCAAGACUGUUUAACUUUUGAGAAGGUGAAAACAUAAAUUAUAUUAAAAACUAAAGAUAACAUUUUUAUAUAUUACUGUAGUAUUUGUACACAUUUCACUGAAAAAUCAGACUCCUGAAAUAAAAUACUCAACGUA